CAGUUCUGUCGCUGUCUGCUUUGUUCUGCUUGGUUUGGUACUUCAACCAACACUUUCCUUUUAGCAGAGCCGGAUUAUCGGACGAAAAAUUAAAAUUAGUUUGUGUAUAGAAACCUUUAAAAUAACUAAUUACUUUUCCAGAAAAAUAAUUCCUGCCAGACCGAAAAUGUCUAAAUAGGCCUAAAUUAUGAUUAACAGAAAAAUGUUCAAUUAGGCCUAUAUGAGAGAGGCCUAUUUAUGAAAACUUGCAUUUUGUCCGACGGCUAUUUGCUGGAAUCUUGAAUUUAGCUUACCUUGAAUUUCCAGAUUAGCUUAAUUUCUUUAAUAAGUUCGACCAUUUUUAAUCUUCACAAAUAAUGGGGACGGCUGAACAGGUUCAGGAGCUAAAAGAGCAAGGCAACCAGUGCUUGAAGGAUGGGAAAUCAAUGGAGGCAGUUUUACAUUAUACUCAUGCUAUCAAGUUGGAUCCAAAAAAUUAUUCGUUAUACAGCAACAGAUCUCUUGCAUUUCUCAAGGCGCAGCAAUAUUACUAUGCUCUUCAGGAUGCCAAGGAAACUAUUAGGUUAAAGCCUGAUUGGGCUAAGGGAUAUUUCCGCAAGGGGGAGGUAGAAUCGGCUACAUACAACUAUACAGACGCUAUUCUGUCGUAUUCCCUUGCACUGCGUCUCCUUCCAGAAGAUCAGACCCUGGCUGCGGCCCUAGAGAGGACAACUCGAGAGCGUUCUCGUGACUUGAGAGCUGAUGCUCAGACUCCUUGGCUUGGAGCUGGAGUGGGCUUGAUACUUGGAGUGAUGAUUGUUAUUGCAGACCAUGUUGUUGCUGAAAAACCUACACUAUCGCACCCAGUUCUGAUGGCCCUGAUCACCAUAGCCAUCGCCAUGGUAGGAUACUGUAUAGCCCGAGGCUGCCGGUACUACAUGUCCUGCCAGAAGCAAGGGCUGCUCGAUCCACCUGUAGAUCUGUUUCCAGAUGAGGAACAAGAGACGGAAGACAGUGAGACGUCCAAUGGCUCUGCUCGGACCUCUGGCAACCACCAGCGAUACACCAAGGCUCAGGCGCGGCUGCGGUUCAAGAAGGGGAAGAAGAGCUAAGGUCUGCUCUUCCCUGAGUUGUUGUCUGUUACCAGUUGAUUCUCACGUUGAGACCCAGCACGUUGGCCCUGCGUAUAAGAUACUUUUAGUGGUCUUUGACACUGUAUCUCAUAUCUUUGUUCUAGUAAUAAUUUAGUGAGAUCAAAUAGUACAACGAAGUCUCCAGGAGACUUGCUCCAGAUGGGUCUACCUAUGACUUUUGAUAUAAUUAGACAUACCAUUCCAAUGUCAAAGUUGAAUUUGUAUUGGUAACCAGUUUUAGUAGGAAAUUAACAUAAUUUAAUUGAGCAACUGACAAUGAAGCUGCUGUUUAUUACUGAUUUGUGUCCACUAUAAUACACCAAGUUUUAAACCUAGAAAAAUUGAAAAUAUAAUUUCAAAUUGGUUAUAAUGGUAUCGAAAUCAAAGAGAGAAAAUUUGAUUUGUUGAAUAAUACAAUCUGAUCAGCUCAUUCAUUUAUGUUUGAUAUGAAUAGUUGACCACAGCUGGGGCUAGUCGAUUCAAUGUCUAUCCUUCAAUGGUUACCGGUACUAUGUAAUUCUUGACCACCAGGUUGACCUACUGCUAAACUUUAAAACAUUUUUUAAAUCUUGUAUUUCUUAUUAGUUAAGAGGGUUCUACCCGGCAGCCUAAAUUUCAAUUCAAGAUGGCGGAUUAUAUGGAUUGUAAUAUUGUUCGGGCCUCUAUUGUACAAGCUCUCAACACUCAAAAACUAAUUUGAUUCCAAUGAUUGUGUUUUUGUGCUAUUAACAAAUCAGAGCUUGUAAUGGAAGGGGAAAAAUUAAUUUGUUACUCUUAUCCAGAAGUUAAAAUCAUAUGUAAAAAAGACUUAUUUACGGAGUUUGAAAACUAUUUAAAGAAACAAUCACGAAGUUUCAGUUCAUCCAGUGCAUAGUUUGGAUCUUUGUGGAUAUUUUACAGUUUAUUUAAACUUGACAAACACUUUAAUAAUGCCAUGAGGUUAUUUUUUGUAGGACCAUGUUUAUGUGGUAAACAGCGGCGGGUUAUACUCUCUUAAUAGGUUUCUUGAUAACGUUAGGAGUAUCAGUUUAUUGAUAUUUUUAGGUUUUACUUUACAUAAAACAAGUUCCAAGACUGAUCUAAAAAGUACAAACUGAUGGGCCACUUUUUGUUUAGUAACUAAGAUUGGAAUAUCUUUAACACGUUGAGUGCGGGAUACAUCUAUUGAUGUAAGCGCUCCUAUCGGUCUACAUCUAUAGAUGUAGUUGCGCCACUCUCACUACAUUAGUUCAGUAUGAGCUCAGCUAUUGCCGGGGAACGUUAUAAUCAUUGCCAGGCUGUAGCUUAGAAUGCGAGCUUUAUUUUGCUGUAGGUUGGUACUAAAAAUUCCCGUAAAAUCUCGUCUAGCAAUGCUUUUGUCCCGGUUUCGGUACAAAGACACUGGCUAUCGAUCCGGACAGUGCUGCUACCUUUCAGUGAACUACGUCUACUUUCGGGGUAAUGCAGCACAAUCACCACUACUCUUUUGUGAUUCGUCAUACAAUAGACAAAAGGAGUAAAUAUAGACUGUCAGCUGUGCAGUGGUUACCAUAGGUUCUGGUGCACACCGCUGGGAGUGCUGUGUAGUUACGUAGCGCGUAGGCCGUAACUACAUGGCGCUACCAGCGGGGUGCGCCCUAACCUAUUGUAUCUGCAGCACAGCUGACAGUCUAUAUUUAAUUAUUUUUGUCUAUGAUAAUACCCAAUAUUUGAAUGCCAAUUACAAUCGCUGAUUCAGGGGGGCCUCGCUGCCAUUGGGGAGCGCCUGUUUUAAGGUUUUCAACACUCAACGUGUUAAGAAAGUUUGGAUGCAUUAGUUUAGACACCUUGUGUAAAUUUUACUUUUAGAAUUGAAAAAUGAUUAAUGAGAAGCCCAUUUACCUUUUAAGACCAUGAAUGUAAACAACUCAGGGCUUUUACUUGAGAUAAAUCUGAAACAUGCAUUUUAUUUUAAUUGAACAAAUUAGUAAUUUUCUCAAAUUUCAACAAAUUUUGACCUACCUACUUACUAUUAUUAGUUUUUCUAUUAUUUUAAUUUGUUAUCAUUAUGUUAUUGAUUGAAUGCAUCCUUUCCUGCUAUUUCAUUAUCCAUAUAAAAAUACUACUAUUAUGUGUGAUGCAUGGCACUACUAUAAUGUUUUGAUAUGCAGCUCCUUGUUAUUUUUUUUUUUAACCUAGCUACUACUUCACAUUAUAAUAAGCCAAAAUAAUAUAAAAUGUAAGAGAUUGAGUUUUAUUCAAGUAAGAUGUUUUUCUGUGUUUAAAGUAUUUUUGUUAAAUUAUUUUGUUUUAUUGUGAGAAAAAAGCAACUUUGUUCCUAAUGAAGUAUGUUCAAGCUUAAGGCAUGAGGAGUCUAAUGCAUACACAAUCAAAUCGAAGUGCCAUUUGUUGAAAAUGUUGAUUAGUGACGCAAGUUUGGAGAUACAGUGUCAAUAGGUCUCUUUGUAUAAUGUAUACACUAAGAUUUCCUCAAUAUUUAUACAAUUUUAUAUAUAGCUAUUAUAUACUAAUGUGUGAAUAAAGAACAUGUAAUCACCUUU